UCUCUCUCUCUCUCUCUCUCUCUCUCUCUCUCUCUCUCUCUCUCUCUCUCUCUCUCUCUCUCUCUCUCUCUCUCUCUCUCUCUCUCUCUCUCUCUUAGACAACGUAAAGCUGAACUUUUUGAUCUCUCUAAAGUCUAUGAUGUUAUCCUUCUCUGCGAAACAUCAACCCCCUUCACAACUUCUCGCUUCAAGGUUUCGUGAUAGCUCGCAAUGACAGACCAGUGGGCAGAGGUGGCGGCACAGCAAUUUGCAUCCGCAACACCAUCCCCUUCCAAACGGUCAACAUCUACAACUCCUUCAAUCACUGGGAAUCCAACGCCAUUUUCAUAGAAACUACACAAGGCGAACUCCUCAUCAUCUCUGCAUACAGACCCCCCAAUACACCCUUUAAUUAUGUUCACCUUAGUAAUUUUCUUGACUCUAUCUCCUCCUACAGAUCUAUUUUCCUGGCAGGUGAUCUCAACUGCCACAAUACAGCCUGGGGCAGCAGCUUCUCCUGCAACCUUGACCUUUCACUCUUCUCAACAACCACAACACACUCAAUCUUCUCGAACUCCCAGUACUCCGUGCAUAUGCACGCCUCAAAAGAUAUCGCCCUUUCAUUCACUCGUCGGACGUCCUACCCUGCUUCAUUUAUUCCCUUGACUCUCAAAUAUUUGUCCCCAACACGGACAUGGAUCUCGGUCCCACCAUUAAACGCUCCCCUAAUCCGCCCAGAACCUUCCAACUCUCAUUUCAAUCUCUUCUACUUUCUUCCACUACUUUCUACACUGAUGGUUCCAAAUCCUCUGAGGGAUCCUAUGUCGGCCUAGGCAUCUUUUCUCCAAAUCUGAACCUCAAUCUCCGAGUCCGCAUCUCCUCUCAUGCUUCUAUCGCCUCGGCAGAGGCCCUCGCCAUUCAGCUUACCCUGGAAUAUAUUCUGGACCAUAAAAUUCCCAACUCCUCUAUCUUUACUGAUUCUCUAAGCACCAUUCAAGCCAUCUCUAAUCUUGAAGACUUUAUCACAUCUCCUAUAAUUUCCAUUUAUAAAAUUAAGCUCCUUCUCCUCCGCCUCUCUGAAGAUAGCCAAAGUGUUCGCCUUAUUUGGAUUCUUAGCCACCUCGGAAUUCCCGGCAACGAAACAGCCAACCUGCUUGCUAAAGAAGCCUCCAGCGCUGGCUCUACCCUCGAUUUCUUGCUUCCUUACUCCGAUUUCUUCCCUCUUAGUCUCCCUCUAUCCCGCAUUGAAUUUAAUAACUACCUCAACCACUAUCGCACCAACACAUGUUGCAACUACUUCUCUGUCUACAAACUCAAUUCUACUAAACCCUGGUUUAACUCUCUUCUCCUGGAUCGUUCAACAAUCACCUCUGUCUGUCGCAUGCGCAGCAACCACUACAGUCUUGCCCUCAACCUCUACAACAAGAACCUUGUCGACUCCCCCCUCUGCCCUUGCGGAGAGGAGGUUGAAGACCUCAACCAUGUCUUUUGGGCCUGUUCCCGCUUUGGCGUUCAACGCUCUGCCAAAUGCAAGCUCUUCCAUCCCUUCAUUAUCUCUUCUUUUCUUUACCAGCCUCGACCUGACUUAAUCGAUUCUCUCCUUCGCUUUUUAACCGAUUGUGACCUACACAUUUAACCCCGCUCUUUCCCUCUCCGAGCUCCCGAGCUCCUGAUCUGUCUUGCUCUCUGCAUGCACCCUUCGCACUCUUUUUCUUUCUUGCAGCACGUAUCCCUCACGGGAUGCGCAGUGCCUCCUUGACGCCCGCCCUGCGGGCCCGGGGAGCCUUCGGUCUCCUCCGGGCCCGUUGAUGGGCUUGGGAGGCGCUACCUUUGUUCAUUCUUCUAUUGCAGGGUGCUGACGUUCCGGAGCUGGGAUCUCACACAUUUUCAAACUCUCCCGCAUUUUCUCUACGCAUGCGCUGCAUGCCAACAGUCUGUUGAUAACCAAUCUCCAGAAAGGACGCAUGGCAACUGCUGACUUGAAUUAAAGCAACUUUAUCACUUAGUCGGAGAAUACAUCAUCAAAAUGUCGGGAAAAAACGCCAAAGACGUCAGUCUUUUGAAAAGAGUAAGCAUCUAUUUCACCGAAGAUGUGCUGAAAAAAGUCGUAGCGCCUGAAAAUCCAAACAACGUGGAAAUACUGAGUUGGGACUUCGGCGACGCGUCGGCUAAAGGCGAUAGCUACAUGUCAAUAGUCGAUCGCGUUACAAUACUCAGCAAAAUCGAUGGAAAAAUUGUCGAGACGCGUAUCGUCGUGAAAAGCUUGCCCCAGAACAAGGCGAGGAGAAUCACCUUCAGAAGCGUCGAAUUUUUCGAUACGGAAAUCAUCUUUUACACUGAGAUAGCGCCAAGAUUUGAGAAGUACCUGAAAUCCAAAGGAAAGAGCGACUUUUUGAACAUUCCUCGUUGCCUCGCUUACCAUCACGACAAGGAGAACGACUUCCUGGUUCUGCAGGACGUCGGGUUACUGGGCUACGGUCCGCUUUGUCGACAAGCCAGUCUGAGCUACAAGCAAUGUAAAUGCGUGGCCGAGAGUCUCGCUAGAUUCCACGCGAUUUCGUUUGGCUUCAAACACGAGAAUCCAGAGGAAUAUGCCAAGAUGGCAGACAUGCUCACGGAGACCUUCUACAGAGAGGACAUCUACGAGAACUGGUACAAUCGUUUCUUUGACACGGUCCUAACGAGGAUCGCCAAAGACGCCUUGGCAAAGGAAUAUCCAGGCAGUAAGGGCGAGAAGGUCUUCAACUCUUACGGGCCUGGAGCUUUAGUGAGAAAGUCCAUCGAACUUUGCCACAGAAAGCACGAGCCGACGGCGGUCAUCGGUCAGGGCGACGCCUGGGCGCCGAACUUUUUGGCUCGAGAGAAUGAGUCGGGCAAGAUCGAAGCGCUCAUGCUCGACUUUCAGCUGGCCAGAAGCGCGAGUCCGGUAAUCGAUCUAUCAUUCUUCAUCUACGCCUGCACUGAUCAGCGAAUGAGGGACAAGUACUACGAGAAAAUUCUCGACGAUUACUACAACGAGCUCGUAAAGUCUGUAAAGCUGCUCGGUGUGGAUCCGGACGUGGUCUAUCCACGCGAUGUCUUCCAGAAAGAGAUAAAAGAACAGUCGGUGUGCGGAUUUACGUUCGCGUUAGAGGCUGUUCCGUUCACGAUGAUGCCGCCCGAAGAAGCCUUCGAUUUGGAUCAGAUUAAAGAAGAUCAAGUCGAUAUUUCAGACGUGUGGACUCUACCGAAUAUUAAGUCCGCCGAGAAUAGACGGCGACAUGCCGAGAUGAUUUUGAAUGCCGUUGAUAGCGGAUUUAUAUAACUUUGCAUUUUAUAUGUGAUAACGCGAGUAUUAAGACGAAUUUAUGUAAGAACAGAAUUUCUAAGCCUGUGAAAAAUACGCACAAUUCCUAACGAACUGCUCAUUGUAUUUUUAAAAAUAAGCUGACUUUGAAUUAAUGUUUACUGUAUGUUUUUAUGAUCUUACCAUGGAAUAAGACUGCAUGUAAUUAUAUUUUCGUAUUUACACUGCUGUAGCGCAGACAAUAAAAUUUAAUGAAAAUCUUUGACUGACAAUUAUGUAAGUUUUCGAAAAACGAAAAGCAAAGCAAGAGUGAUUUAUGAACAGCCACACGUUGCUUACAUAAGAUAACUAAGCAUUUUACAACUCUCAAUCUAGCUUUGAAAUGUAUGCAUGUACCUAUGUAGGUAUUACGAGUAAUAAAUAUGUAUAUUCGACACUCGUACAGUAAA